AUCGAUAGCGACCUUAGGACGAUAAGCAGCUACCUAGGUACCUAAUCUCCAGGGCUCUACCCAGCUGCGGUUGAAUCUCUCUCCGUCGCAACAUUCUACGCCGAAUUAUCAUGUUAAAUUAUUCGGCUGUUUUUAUAACAUAUUGUUGUCCUUUAGUUAGCCUGUCGCUUUGAUGGGUCAUUUAUGAAGACGUAAUGUCCGUGAUCCUUUGCACCGCUGGGUACGACCACACAAUCAGGUUUUGGGAAGCACUAUCCGGCAUCUGUUCGCGUACGAUUCAACACCCGGACUCGCAGGUGAACCGACUGUGUAUAUCUCCCGAUAAACGAUUCCUAGCCGCGGCGGGUCACCAUACAGUGAAACUCUACGAUAUCAAGUCGACAAACCCGAAUCCCCUCCUUACGUUCGAGGGUCAUACUGGCAACGUCACCGGAGUCGCCUUUCACUGUGAGGGAAAGUGGAUGGUUACGAGCUCCGAGGAUGGAACAGUCAAGAUUUGGGAAACUCGUUCUGGCACCAUUCAGCGUAGUUAUAACCAUGGCUCCGCGGUCAAUGAUGUUGUUAUACACCCCAAUCAAGGCGAGAUUAUAAGUUGCGACCGUAGCGGCAGUGUCAGGGUUUGGGACCUUGCGGAAAAUAACUGUUCCCAUAGACUUAUCCCUGAAGAGGACGUCUCUGUGUCGAGUGUUACAGUCGCUAGUGAUGGCUCUCUUCUCUGCGCUGCUAACAAUUCCGGCAAUGUCUUCGUCUGGAAGCUCAUUCAAUUCUACGAGCGCACCAACCUUGUACCCGUAACUCAUUUUUCCGCACAUAAAGAAUACAUCACACGAAUCCUCCUAUCCCCCGACGUCAAGAAACUCGCUACCUGCUCCGCCGACCACACCGCCAAGAUAUGGGAAGUAGCCAACGUCAACGCAUCCGCAUCCGACGAAUCAUCCUCCUCAUCUUUAUCCAACAACGGCAUACCCCCAAUGCCCAAUUCCGUUCCCAUUAACGGUGGCAUGGUUAACGGACAUGACAAAAUAAACGGGAACGACGGUAUGAUGGGAGGAGGCGUAGGAAUGGGCGGACCAGGAGCAGAAGCUAAGCCUUACCCCCUAGAGGCUACACUUACGGGCCAUCAACGAUGGGUCUGGGAUUGCGCUUUCAGUGCGGAUUCCGCGUACUUGGUGACGGCGUGUUCGGAUCACUACGCGCGCCUCUGGGAGUUGCACAGUCAGCAGGUUAUUCGCCAGUAUAACGGACACCACAGGGGCGCUGUAUGUGUUGCUCUGAACGAUUAUUCGGAGGCGCGGUAAUAGGGACGUCGAUCGGGGAUACUUUUCUCAAACUGAAGGAAGGGAUAAGAAUGGUUGUGAUUGAUAUGGAAUGUAAGGGAGCCUCGGCGCUUGGAUUCGUUAGCCAUGGUGUGGGCUUUCUAUAUUACUUACUGCCUAGUGUCCGCCAUAUUUAGGUAGGGGCAAGGUGUUUUAGGGAGUUUGGGGAGUCGGAAGGGUUGGGCUGGCUUAUCAAAUUCAUUCACUCGUGCACUCUACCUUUUAUGUGCUAAUGCGUUAUCUGUAUGGCUACUUUAACCAGAAAGGGAUUUAUUAGGUGAUAACUU